AUGAAUUCGUCCGACGGAAAAACUCAAAUGUUCGACCCGCGGCCACGAUCGGAACUAAUGUCUUCAGACAACUACGAAGUGCCACAAAUCGUCAAGCCAGCAGUCGCUGUGAGCCCUAUCCGGGACAAAGAACCGACCCGCGGCGUCAGACAAUCCAACCGAGGAAUCCGCGGUUGUGAUCAUCGAGUCGAAAUUCUUGGACUCCCAAUCUAUCCCGAUUCAUCGGAUGAGGAAGAAGAGAAAAAGCUUUUGACCCGCGGAUCGCAACUCGUUCAUUGGCCGCUCGCCAAAGAAGCAGUGAUCAACACGCAGCAAAAGAAUUCUGCUUCUGAAACAGAAGAAGUCAUACGGAAUCCGAUUCGAAAGGCUUUGAAGCCACAAAACGAGCCAAAGCUCUACGAACAGUCAACAACCGGACAUCGUGAACUUAUGGACAAACUGAAGGCUCCAGAAGCCAAGAUCAGCCUAGUCCCAACAACAGUCACACACGAUCCGUGGUUGCACUGUAGCUUCCAUUCAAAUAAUUCAAGCCACAUCCAUCAACCGAUACAGCUCAAACACUACGUCAAGCACACUUCACCUGAAGUGACAUGA